CGUUUACUCACGACAUGUAUAACCUAUAACGAAAAAACUAGUAUAAUCGAUCACGUACACGAUAUUACAAUUAUUAAAUAAAAGAUAAAGUGAAAAAGAUAGUCUACAUAAAUAAUCGCAAAGUUUAUUUGGGUAAUUGUAAUCGUUAGAUCAAUAUAGUGGUGCAAUUUGGUUAUUGAUUCAAUUAAAAAGCAAGCUUGAUCUAACCUAUACAAGUUACGUCUACGUUUUUUCAAGAUUUAUUUGUAGCUUGUGAUUAUAAUAUGACAUCUCGGGCGGCAGUUUUCUUUAAUUUUUCACGUUAUUAUUCACAAGAGAUAAGACGAAGAGUAAAAUGGAAAGAUGCAGAGGGUAAUCUAGAGGGUAAAAAGUAUGGACUUAUUAGAUACUUUCCAAGAAAACCAGAUCAUGUUGACCCUCCAAUUCAACCGAGUAAACUUUUAUUGGUGAGACGAGUAAAACCUUUUAAGGGUAAUCCUCAUUGGGAGAAAAAAAUACUUAAUCAUCUUGGAUUUAAAGAUGAGAGCCAUGUCAAUGAUCCAUCUAUCGUCAAAAACACACCAAAUAUUUGUGCUAUGCUCUGGAAGGUGAAACAUCUGGUAAAGAUUGUUCCUAUAAAGUUACCUGAUAAACUGCCAACCCCAGAUGAUAUAAAUGGUACAUAUUUACAUGAAAAUGGUACAUUUUACGUUGUACCAAAAGUAGAUCCUGCUCGCGAAGAAGCUUUAGAAAAGUUUGUAAAUGAUCCAAAAAAAUUGAAUUAUGAUAUUAUUCAAGAAAAAUUGAGACUUAAAUGGUUAGAAGGGCGUCCUUAAGCUUGAAACAAAAUGCUAAAUGUAAUAAAUAAUUUUGUUGUAUUAAAAUUAUUG